AGCUUAAUCCAUCUCCUACAACACUUUAACACAUAAUCCCAAUUAGCCACACUCAUAUUGUAAAGUGUCUUUGCAUUCAUAAAAUGAGACACCUAUUUGAGUACUGUAUCACCCUCAUCACAUCCUUCAUAAAGUGGAAGUGAAACCGAGGACAGGGAAACCACGGGAAGUGACGAGUUAGAAAGCUAGCUAUUUCGAGAUUGAUUUAGAUUCUAGAGAUCGUGAUCUUGUAAGCGAAAGUGUAUUUGGAGAUUUUAUGAUAUCAGAGAGAUUUUAAAGAUUUGAUCUUCAGAUUUUGAUGGUAUCAGAGCGUGAUAUAAUAAGUUUUGAGCCUUGUGCAUUUGUGGGACCCGUCCCACGAGUGUACGGCGUCUGCCACGUCCUCGGAUUUGGGUUCUGGGGCGUGACAGAUUUAGUGAGAUCUUUUGUUAUUGAUCAUGUUGGUCUCUACAGCAUAGCUGGUUGAGAAUUUGUUCUGUUUGUCACAUGACCAGUGGAGGAUGGGUAAACCCUCUACUUUGUAAGAGAUUCCAGGCUAUUUUAGCAAAUGUUGUGUGUUUUCUAGCCGCGUCUUAGGAGCUGGAUAACUUGGUAAUUCCGUUGCUCCUUAUCUUCUGAAAGUCUUAUAGUGAAAUUUCACUUUUCCAUUUGGAGCUUCGUGGUCUUUUCAUGUGGCUCAUUUUUCUGUAUUGGUUAAUCAAGAGCAGUGAUCAUUCAAUUGAAAUUGUCAUAUUUUUGUGAAGAUUGGCAAGUUAUCAUAAAAUUAAACUCUCUAUUGUUGCCAAUCUCUACAUUCUUGAUAUCUGGAAAUUGCUUGAAACUCUUGAAAUCCAUCUUGAAUCUUUCUUGAUAUUGCUUUGUACUUGUUCUUGAAACUGAAAUCCGGAAAUGGAUAAUGAUUAUUGGAAUCCUCAUUAUCUGGAUACUUGUUUGAAAUUAAUUCUUGCAUUGUUUUUGGAAUCUAGUUUGAAUUGUCCUUGAAAACCAUUCUUGUCUUGACUCUUGCUCUUGCUCAAAUUCGGUAUACUGCUCUUGCUGAAAUCCUGCAUGUUCUGUUAGUUCUUGUUGCAGUAUACCUGUUGAUCUUCUUGAUUCUUGGUUUUUGUUCAUAUGGACACCUCUUUAGGAGGGGUGACGAAAUACCUAUAUGAGGCAUCCUAAUUCCUGUCUCUUGCAAGUGUUAAUCUCGGUAUCCUUGAUGUCGUAGCUUUGACUUGACUCUAAGAUGUCUAGGAUGACUUGAUUGUAAAUCUACUUAGCCUCCAUGAGCUACGAGGUAAAGGGGUAAUCUUUGAAGUACUUGACACCCUAGAGUUUUGUUCCAAGUGAAAUGGUUCUUUGAUCUGGCUGCUUGGAUUUUUGUUUGCCCUUUUAAUUGGAAGACAUGAAUCUUCUAAGCAUCUUGAUCCCAGUCAUUGCUUUGUUCUGUAAAUUAAUUCGUGUUACUUAG